UCGGUUUUUAUUACUCUGUCGAUUUAUUACUACUUUUACUCGUCGCUUUUAAGGGUUGAUGUAGAAUAGAAGAAGUGCCCACAAAACGAUCGAACGAGAAGAUGAAUCUUCCAUCGUCUUCUCUACGGCAUCGCCAAAUUCAUGAUUCGAGGCCCGAUUGCUAAGUAAUACAACAAGCGAUAUCUACGGCAGAACAACUGCUUCCAACAACUCCAGAAGCCGGAGGGUUUUGAAUUUCCAGUUCUUGGCGAUCUUGUUCUAUUGUUAGUUCGUCUUUUUGUUCAAUGUCUAGGGUUAGGGUUUUCUCCAUGGAUUGAAAAACAAAGAAAAAAAAUUAUGGAAAGCUCAAGUGCUGAUGUAUCAGUUCUAUGUUCAUAGUAUCAAUUAUCAAUUCGAGGGUUGUCUUUCUUUUACUUUUUCAGUUAUCCUUCAAUUUUUGUUUAGCUUUGGGCUCAAUUUCAGUGGACCUUUAUGCCCAGUACUGUACGAACUCUAAUUUCAUUGUUAUGUUCUUUUUUCAUUGUUUUAUUACUUCAACAUAUUCCUGGUUUUCUGCUCGAGAGCUAGGGAAAAGAAAGUUUCCAUUUUUUUCAGUAAUUUUGUGCAUAACAGACUCAAUACUAUUGAGAAAAAAAAUUGUAAAAUAAACGUAUAAAUGGGUAGCCACGGGUUUAACAAUCGGAAUAACGGGCAGCAACUAGGCAUUACAGAACCAAUUUCAUGGGGCGGACCUACCGAGCAAGAUGUGAUGAAGACCCAUGAACUUGAAAAGUUUCUAGCGGAUGUGGGAUUGUAUGAGAGUCAGGAGGAAGCAGUUAGUAGGGAGGAAGUGCUUGGGAGAUUAGACCAGACUGUGAAGAUAUGGGUAAAAACCAUAAGCCGUGCCAAGGGAUUAAAUGAACAGCUGGUACAAGAAGCGAAUGCUAAGAUUUUCACCUUUGGUUCUUAUCGGCUAGGGGUACAUGGCCCCGGUGCAGAUAUAGACACGCUGUGUGUGGGACCGAGGCAUGCAACUCGAGAAGAAGAUUUCUUUGGAGAGCUACAUAGAAUGCUGUCAGAGAUGCCUGAAGUAUCAGAGUUGCACCCUGUACCUGAUGCUCAUGUUCCAGUAAUGAGAUUCAAGUUUAAUGGGGUUUCUAUUGAUCUUCUUUAUGCAAAACUGUCACUUUGGGUUAUCCCAGAAGAUUUAGAUGUUUCACAAGACUCAAUACUACAAAACGCAGAUGAGCAAACAGUUCGUAGUCUUAAUGGGUGCAGAGUAACUGACCGAAUUCUGCGUUUGGUGCCGAAUAUUCAGAAUUUCCGAACUACCUUGAGAUGUAUGAGGUUUUGGGCAAAGCGCCGUGGUGUUUAUUCAAAUGUUACUGGAUUUCUAGGUGGUAUAAAUUGGGCAUUGCUUGUUGCUCGCAUCUGCCAGCUAUAUCCCAAUGCCCUGCCCAAUAUGUUAGUAUCUCGGUUCUUCAGGGUCUAUACACAGUGGCGUUGGCCCAAUCCAGUAAUGCUCUCUGCUAUUGAGGAGGGUUCGCUUGGACUCCAAGUUUGGGAUCCGAGAAGAUAUCCCAAGGACAGGUUCCACUUGAUGCCUAUAAUUACUCCUGCUUAUCCAUGCAUGAACUCUAGCUAUAAUGUGUCAUCGAGUACUUUGCGGAUAUUGACAGAAGAGUUUCAGAGGGGCAAUGAAAUUUGUGAGUCUAUGGAGGCAAAUAAGGCUGACUGGAACACACUUUUUGAGCCUUACCCCUUCUUUGAAGCAUACAAGAAUUAUUUGCAGAUAGAUAUUACCGCAGCGAAUGCUGAUGACCUUAGGAAAUGGAAAGGCUGGGUUGAAUCACGUCUCCGUCAGCUUACACUGAAGAUUGAGAGACACACUUUUAACAUGCUCCAAUGCCAUCCACACCCAGGUGAUUUUUCAGACAAAUCCAGACCUUUCCACUGCUGUUAUUUCAUGGGUCUCCAACGGAAACAAGGAGUUCCAGUAAAUGAAGGUGAACAGUUUGAUAUAAGGCUGACUGUUGAGGAAUUCAAGCACUCUGUUGCCAUGUAUACGUUAAGGAAGGCUGGGAUGGAGAUUUAUGUAACCCAUGUAAAACGUAGGAGCAUACCCAAUUUUGUAUUUCCUGGUGGGGUUCGACCCUCCCGUCCUGUCAGAGUAUCUAGGGAGAGUAGGCGGGUUUCAGAACCCAAGGUUACUGGAAAUAAUGAAUCAGAAGAGUCACCUGAAGGCAAGCUUGUAUUAGGUGGAGCAGAUGACCAAAGAAAGAGAAAGCGGGAGGAAGAUACUGCAGGGACUAACUUAAGAGCUGCGCAGUGUUUAGCUGCUGGAACUCUCUCGCAGUGGGAAUCAAAUGAAGGCAGCACUCUUAGCACAAAUUCUAGUCCUUCUAUAAAAGAUGGCAAUACAGAUGCAAGUUGGUUAGUGGAAGCAAGGGGAGAAAAAGUUGCAAAUGAAAUAAAAGAAGGCUUGGAAGGGUUCAAAAAUCCAUCUGAGCCUCCUCCUAAGAGUGGUGGAGCAAUUGAUGAAGUAAGAUGCAGACCUACCAUUGAACUUUUAUCUGCUAAUGAUAAUGAUGAGUCACCAACCUGUAAAGAAGCAGAGAAACUUGCAAUUGAGAAGCUCAUGUCUGGUCCAUAUAAUACCCACCAAGCUUUUCCAGAAGAACUCGAGGAGCUUGAAAAUGACGUUGAAUAUAGAAAUCAAGUCAAAGAUUUUGGUGCGAGAACCGUAGGUGGUCCGACGGAAUCAUCCUCCAAUGCAAAAGUGGCCAUUUCUCUAGCAAAUGUCAAUCCUGCUGGUCCUCGGUCCAGUUCAGACCUGAAUGGAGGCUCAGAAGAACUUGAGUCUACUGAGCUUGUGGCCCCAUUUUCAAAUGCGGUGCAAUCUACAACUAUGGCACAGCAGAAGCCAGUUAUCAGGUUGAACUUCCUGCGCUAAAGCUAGUGGCAGAAACAGUUGAAAAGUUGUCGAGCAUUGCUGGAGCAAAACCACAGUGGGAAGGAUGUUCAAAUUAUUUUGAUGCAUUAUCCAAUUUCCUUUGUAAUAAAAUAUAAUAUUUACCUACAAAAGAGAAAAAAAAAAUUGAUACAGUCAAUAAGUUAUGAUGAGUUAGCAAGGCUGUCAUCUUCUUCUUUUCACUGUACGGUAAUAUGUAGAAUUAUGCAAGAGGAAUGAUAAAUUGAAGAGCCUGUUAUGUAGAGGGAUUAGUGUUUUGCAUGUAUUGCAGACUGCGUUUGUCCUUGCUAUCGUA